GUUGGCUGUGGGGGAUCCUGCUCCUUAUGUGCUCGCCCUCAGCUUGGCCUCGCACUGGCGGAUCCCAGCUCCCUUCGGGCAAGUCCCCCCAUUGCUGGAUCUACCGAUGACCUACCUCGUUGGCCACAGCACCUUUUAUUCAUGCUGCUUCUGUGGUGUCUUGUUCUUCACCUCGCACUCGCGACCUUGCUGGCUCCUCUCCUCUGUGUCCUGCGCCGUGGCCAGUGUGCGGCGCUGGCGUGCUGUGUCACAGUUCGAGCGGCAGCAGCAGCCGCGACCACCCCAGCCCUGGCUGACGCUGCUGAAUCCCUACCUCUAUAUCUUCUUCUCCGAGGUGCCCGGGAAGAAACCCUCGGCUCCGAUCCGCCUCGAGCAGAUCCGUCCUUCAUCGCUUGAAGCGCCCAUCGACCUGUGGUGGCCGCCAGUUCCGAAGCCCAGGGAUGGAUACCCUGUGCUGUUCCUGAUCCACGGCGGUGCCUGGCGGGGUGGCCAUAGGCGCUGCUCGCCGCAAGCACCAGCCCUCCAAGCCCUUGCAGCUGCAGGAUUCUUGAUCAUCAGCUGCGAGUACCGGCGAAAAGGUGCACAAUGGCCCGCACAAUUGGAUGACUGUAAGGCUGCUCUUGAGUGGCUCGAUAAGGAGGGAGCCACCUUGGGCGCAGACUUGUCGGAUGUCUCCAUUCUCGGUACUUCUGCCGGCGGGCACCUCGCGGCACUGCUUAUGGCUCGUGGUGCUUCUCCCAUCCGGUUCCGAGCUGCGCUUCUCUGCUACCCAGCCCUGGAUCCGGCGGAUCACAGCCAUGCGACCGUGAAGUCACCGUUCUCCUGCGGUUUGCUGCGUGUCCAGCGUGGGAUGAGUUUCAUGGCCUGGUUCUUCGAGGUCUUCGUCCUUGGGUGCGAUCGCCAACUCUGGGAGUGUGCUGAACCGUUACAAGCACUGAAGUGUGCCAGCCGAGAGCUUGCAGAGGCCUGGCCUCCCACUUUGAUCAUCCAUGGCGAGUUGGAUGGUAUAGUCCCCAUAGAGCACAGCCGCCAGUUUUUGACACAGCUUGCAGCCACGGCCGGUGCUACAAAGCAAGGAGGAGAGGAGUGGCGGAGUCAGGAUCGGCUCUUUGCUGUGCCUCUCUCGCGGCAUUCUUUCGAGAUCGCCACCGGUGAUCUAGCAGCAGCUUCCUUCGAUGCUGCGAUCGGCUGGCUUACCCGCAUGCCAAAAUCAGCUGUAGAGCACCGGCACCAACACUCGUGA